GGGGUAUUCACGGGGACGCUUAAUCAAUGUACUAAAGUGCUGUAUUGUGAUUGUUAGCGUACGUGAUGGUUAAUUGAGCCGUUCUUAUCUGGGACUGGGUUCGUUGCGCACUUUGUCACCACUGGACUCAACAGGUAAUUGUAUUCGGUGAGCUGUCUUACCAGUAAGAUUGAGAAUGAUAUGUACAGUUGCAACGUCUUAUGAGGAUGUUAAUCUAUCACGAUGCUGUUCAUCUAAACUUCAAGAUAUCCAGAAAUUUACAAGAUUGAUCUUCUAGUUGCACAGAAUGGCAUCUUCUACAAGCGGUACGGGGCUCUCGCAUCCUAGCACGGCUAGAUGUGGUUUCGACUUCGUGGAAGCGCUUCCCACGGAAUAUACAAGGUCAGUUGAGCUAGUGUGCAUGUCAGCGGUCGUAAUUCGGUCUCAGGAUGGUACGAAGGUCAUGAAAACUUUGCCUCCGUUGCCUGCGGAGUUGAUGCACCUAAAAAGAAUACGGAAGAGGGAGACGCCGACUGAAUUGAAGGGGGCCAAACCUGCCAGUGGAGAACAUGCCACAGAAAGCAAUGGUAAUGGAGAUCAGCAGUCACCCGACAGCAGCAAGGGGUCUCCUGACAGCAAGGACGGUGAUCAGAGCGCAAAAGCAAAAGCGAAAAAAGCAGGCGGCGCGGGGCUAUUGGAAGUGCUGGUAGGACCGAUAGCUUCGUCAUCUUCAUCGAGUAGCACACGCGCAACAAGAGAGGGGCGGGCUACGUCAAAGAGUGACGAUUCUAGUAUCGUUGGAUGUCGUGAUCGCGCAUCUGUCGCACAAAGCGGCGCAGGUGUAUCACUAUCUCAUCAACAGCAGGAUACGAGUGGGACACCUGCAAGCUCCUCGUCUUUCCAGGGACUUGCUGACAAUUAUUCGACUAGUGACGCAAAUAAACCGGCUACAACAAGUAAUUUUGAUGCAGUAGUGUCUGCCCUGCCUCCUGAUGCGGUGGUGGAGCGAAUCGAGGUGGAGGUGCCUGCGCAUGCGCCGCUGACUAUGGCCCAAGUUGACACUUGGGGCAAGCACUGGCCACUGACGUAUCGCAGACCACCCUUUUCGCCGGAAGGGUUUUCGGAGGAACAGAUAUCGCGCUUCCGCACGGUUACGUCGUGGCUUACUGAGGAUGCGAGUCUGCAGUGUGUGGUCUUACUGCCAGAGCGGGAUAAAAAUGAUCUGAGAUUGAAGCAUGCACUAUUCGGGGGAGACGGACGCGCAGAUCACGAGUGUUCCGAUGGUGUCACGAGGACAGUAGUGGAGGACGAGCUAGGAAAAAAAGAUGAAGCGAUAUCAGUGCCACCCGCCAAGAGGCAGAAAAUCACUGCGAAGAAUGGUGCUAAGACUGACGGAGCGUCGUCGGGUCAUGCUGGUAAAGCGACAAGCUUUGAUGUCGGAAGCAACGUAAAAGUUGGCUCAGCUUCCUUAUGUCCAUCGAGAUCAGCUACCAGGAUCGAAGAUGCGUUCCAAGUUUUCAAAAUUCACGACGAAAGAAAUCCACGCGAGGGCAGUGUGCAAGGGGGCAGAAAAGGUGCGACUGCAAGUAUGUCUACCCCCGCAGCGCCGUCUUCUUUUUCUGCUCGUGUGGCCUGUGGUGCAUCUGCCACUUCCUGUUCCGCACUCGCACCGCAGCAUCCUUUGAGAAGUCACGCAGUGAUGCGUGCCUGUGAAGCUGUCGGCAAAAGUCUGGCUGGACUAGCGCGAAAUGCUAGGGGAGAGGAGCAGUACUUGUGUCUCGGUGCAGAAGUGUAUACAAGGGUAGAGCCUUGUGUCAUGUGCGCCAUGGCGCUGGUCCAUUCUCGGGUUCGCCUGGUGUGCUUCGAACGGCCAGACGCAAGUUUUGGGGGUUUUGGCGGCCGCUUGCGCCUUCACGAGGAAAAGAGCCUAAAUCACCAGGUCAGAGUCGUUAGGAGGAUCGCUAGACCUGCUUGAAGGCACGCGAGGAAAAUGUUCUUGCCCCUUCUUUACCCCGAAUCUGCAGAAGCCAAACGUGAUAUCUUUUUUUCAAACGACCUGCAUGCUUUUUUCCCAUUUUUUAACAAUUCUAAUCCUCUUUCAUAAGUCUUCGCGACUCCUGUGCCUCAUGCAUGUGAUAAAGAAUUAAG